GAAAGGGGCGGGGCUUGCUGGGGUGGCUGGGCUGGACGGGUGACAGGCCUCGUAAAUCCCCUUUCCCAUGUUUAACACCAUUUCAUUUCUUUCCACUUGAUUCCAUUGGCAUCCAAGGCAGACGGGAGCGACCCUCGUGUCCUCGCUGUAAUAUCUUCUGGGCGAAGCCCUUUUGGGCCAAAGGGAAUUAGGCUGUGUGGGGCAGAGGAGUUGUUCCUGGGGAGGCCUAGAGGACCCGCAUUCCUCGGGGGGAUUCCUGUUGCCCCCACCCCCGCCCCAGAAGAAGAGAAAGAAGGGGCUGAGAGACACAGAAAUGAGUUUGGCUUCGGAGGCCCUGCCCGAUUCUCUGGCCGUGGUAUGGCUGAGGGCUGGGCUGAGGAUCCCGUAACUGUCAAUUCCAGUACCAGCCUGGGCGAAGGCUGGGGAGAGCCACCCAGACUGAGUGUGGCGUCGCAGAGCCCUUUCCUGCCUUUCUUCUGCUCACCCAUGGCCACAGCUUUUUAUGGAUCAGGACUCCCCUCCCUGCCCUGCCUGGGCCGCAGCUUUAUUGCUGAGAUCUAGGGCUCUCUCCACGCAAUUUCACGCCUCUCUGCCUUUGCUCCCGCUGUUCCUCCAGCCAAAUGCCUUCCUCAUUGUCCCUGUCUUUCCACAACCUCCUUAUUCUUCAGGGCCCAACUCGGAUGCGCACCUCCUCCGCAUCACCUCCCCAGCCCCGAGCUUCUGUCACUUGCUCCUCCCUCCGUGGCCUGCACCUGUGCUCCCUUCCGCCUUUGUGGCGGGGUCCACUCAGGGCUUUGACUGAAAUGGAGCAUGUACUCCCUGGCCCUGCCCCCAAUGGGCUUGCCACAGGGCUUGACACCUUGUGGGUGCUCCAUAAAUAUUGGUUGGCCGAAUAAAAGGGGUUUUGUAAGGGCCUUUAGCCAGGCAGUCUGCAUAGCAUGGAAUCUGGCCACCUUCAGGCAUAGCAUGGAAUCUGGCCACCUUCAGGUAAACAGCUCUGUGCUCUUGGGUGGUGGAGACCCCUGGAUGGGGCUCCUCCUCUCCCUUUCCCUUAUUCGCCUCCUUCUCCUCCCCAUGACCCUACCCCACCCCCCCCCCAAGUCCAGGGAGGACUUUGCCCCUUCCCUUCCCCACAGACCAGCAUUCUUUCCCUGCCAUUAUCAUUCUGUUAAACAGAGAGGCCAGUCAGGAUCCAUAUGGAUCACAUUAACAAUUGCUUAUUAUCUGGGCCAGGACUCCCCCGACUCUCCCCCCAGCUCCGACUGCUGCCAUUGCUGGACCCUUAGGAGCCCUGCCUUCCCCUCCCCCUGCCAUCGGUCAGCCAGGGAGGGCAAGAGACAGGCUGGUCUCCCUCACCUUCCCUGUGCCUUCUAGCAGAACUUUGCCUCUUCUGGACUUGGCGGUUAUCGACUCCUUUACCGGAUUUAAUGAAAACCAGGUUCCUGGAAGGAGCAUGGCUCUGCAAAGCUCCAGGGCUGCAGCAGGGAGAUGUGGACUCCAGGCCCCAGUGCCCCUGUGCUCUGCAGCCCUGAGACCCCCUUCAGGGGACAGAGACUGUGGGGGGGGGGGGCGGUGAGCCACAAGAGGUCAAGUAUGGGGUGCUGGCAUCUGCCACCUUAGCCUUGGGCUGGUCCUGCCUCCUUUUGGGAGCUGGCUGUCUGGUGAGGGAGAUCAGGGCAGAGGGACCCUGCCAGGCUCUGUGGUGUUGGGCUCCCAGCCUUUCCCUGCAGUCAAAGAAGCAAGAAAUCUGUUAGAGCUUCCCAGAGCAGCCACUGAAUUGGCCUUGAAGGAUGGGGAGUGUACUUCACGUUUAAACCCAUAUAUAACCCAGGAAUACUAGGGCAUAGAAGGAGCCUCCAAGAUUACCCAUUCUGGAUAUCCAUAACUUUUUUUGAUUUACAGAGCCCUUGGAGGCACUGAUGAAAGCCAUCCCCAGAAAAAUGCACUUCCAUUAAUUGACACCAGACUUUGCAUUCUGCUUUAGAGGAUUCUUGGAUCCCCUGAAGCCCAUGGGGACCUUAUGUCAAGAAACCCUCACCCCAGUCCAUCCCUCUCUGAUGUGCUGAGGACAGAGUCAUGCCUGCAGCCUGGGUUUCCUGACCUCCCCACUCAGUGCUCACUCCACGGCCAUAUUACUUGCAGUAGGACCACCAGAACCAAGCGACCAGGGGUAUGAGACUGAGGUGCUAGGCCAGCCUUUAAGUGGGAAGAGUUCACACUGGCUGGGUCAGGGUCUGGGCUGGUCAUCUCAUCUCUGACUAUGUGGCUUGGAGAGAGGCUGUCCAGCUUUUUUUUUAGGGUCCACUUGUCUCCAGGAACAAGUGGCAAUUGCUCUUCUCCGAGCAGUUUCAUAAGCAUCUUGAUGAAUCAUAGUUAACGCUUCCACGCACUUGUUAAACACUCUGUAUCUCAUCUGUGAGGUGAGAAAAUAGAGUGAAGAAUGGUGUCCACCUCCUAAGCAGGAUAUUGUGAGGAUGAAAGGAGUCAGAGCUGGGAGACCUGAGUCCUAGUCUUGAAUGACUCUAGGUGCAUGUGCUCAGGGCUGUGGUUACUGUUGAGGCCAGCAUUUCCCCAGUUUGCUUAGCCAAGGAAAGGGGACUGCAGUGCGAACCCCGAGUGCCUUCUGUCUUUUCCUUUAGUACUGAGGUAUGGAUAGUGUCAGCCUUUGGAAUAUUCAUCUUCAGGGUUGGAGGCAGAGUGGGGGUUCUUAGUGAGUGGGAGAGCUGGGCAGUGGCCAUGGCCUGCCUCUGUAGCCCCAACCCCAUUUUUGAUGACCAGUUAUGACCCCUAUCCUAGAGACCAAGCUUUGUGCUUCAGCAACCCCUUGCUGCUAAUCAGAUGUAACUCCGGACAAGUGACUUCAUCUGUUUGGGUUUCAAUUUCAUCAUUUCUAAAAUGGGGAUAAGAACCUCAUAUGAUGGUGAUGUGGCCCUGGUUUCAAAUAGUCUGCCCCUUUGAUUCUGAAGCUUACCUUGGGGACCCGCUUAGUGACUCGGGGCCCAGGGACUCCAGAGAACGACCUUCUAGCAUAGGAGUGAGGAUGGGGAAAGGGCAUGUGUGUGUGAAAGUUCUGGCCCACAGCAGUGCUUGCCCAAGUCAUCUUAAAAAAAAAAAAAAUUGUAGAGGCGGUGGUCUCACUAUGUUGCCCAGGCUGAUCUUGAACUCCUGGCUUCAAGUGAUCCUCCCAUCUUGCCCUCCCAAAGUACUGAGAUUACAGGUGUGAGCCAUUGCAACCAGCCUGCCAGGCCAUAUUUGAAGCCCCCUCCAACAUGGAGUCAGGGCAGACAGGGGGUGGGCAGGUGGAUGGGAGGAGAGGCAGCAUGGAUGCCUGCAGGAAUCUGGAAGGUAGCAGCAUACCUCCCUCUGUCCCCUCUCACUGCCAGGGCAGACUCAGGCCACAUGGUCCCCAGCCCAGUGUUGUGAUUAAUCAGGGAUGGAUGUGAAGAUGUGACAAACAAGCUGCAUUGACUCUUUUUUUUUUUUUUUUUUUUUUUGAGAUUGUCUCUUCUGUCACCCAGGCUGCAGUGCAGUGGCAUGAUCUUUGCUCACUGCAACCACCACCUCCUGGGUUCAAGCAAUUCUCAUGCCUCAGCCUCCUGAGUAGCUGGGACUACAGGUGCAUGCCACUAUGCCCAGCUAAUUUUUUUUUUUUUUUUUUUUUGUAUUUUUAGUAGAGACGGGGUUUUGCCAUGUUGGCCAAGCUGGUCUCGAACUCCUAACCUCAGGUGAUCUGCCCAUCUCAGCCUCCCAAAGUGUUGGGAUUACAGACGUGAGCCGUGAGACUUCAUUUACUAUUAACAAACCUGUGUUGAGCACCUACGCACUGUGUCCAGUACUGUGCAAGGCUCUGGGUGAACCUCAGCUGCUCCCGCGGGUGCCCAGCCAGGAUUGGCCUUCCUGAGCCUCCCCACACAUGCAGUGGACACCUAUGGACCAGGCUCUGAGCUGGGGCUUUUAUGCUUUGGCUUUCUUAGCCACCUGCAGCCUCCCACACGGCCAGGGAGAGCCCAAGGGUGGCCCCAGCUUUGGUGUUGCUUUGCCACAAGUGCCUAGCAUGUAUCAUGGCUGUGAGGCCUUGAAUAUUUUAUCCAGGUAGCUAUUCAUCCAGCAACCAUUAUUUUCUGAUGUGGUGCCACCUUCAAGGAGCUCACAAGAUGUUGGGGACCAGCGAAGAGGCAAAAGGACAGGCUAUGCUUUUAGGACCACUGUCCCUGCAUUCUCUAAGCAGAAGGAAGCCACAUAGGGCAUGUGAGCUGGGGAAUGGCAGCCUCUGGGCUAUGGCGAGGGUACAGGACAGGUUUCAGAGGCUGUAAGGGGGAGGAUCAGCAUCUGACAGCAGGGGCUUGCCACAGAGGAGUCCUGAGCAGAUUGCCUUUUCCUGGGGGAGGCUGUGUCGGUGGGCAUUAGAAGCAAAGUGAGACAAGGGCCACUGCUUGGGGAGGGUCCACCUGCAGCCGAGUGCCCUAUUUGACCCUUGGAUGCUUAAGAAUCUGGAGGUGUUGGUUCUUUCCAGGCCAGUGGGGAAAGAAAACUGGUAGGAUUUAGGUUAUACCUGAAAAAGGAUCCCUCUUCCCCAGCCCUCAUAUCAUGCGGCUCCCUCCCCACCCAGCCUGUCUGUUGGCUUCUGCUGGAGCAAAGGGGCUCCCUGGGAACUCUCUGGACACCAGGAGAAACUGCACCUUCCUCCUUGCUCUCUGGAGGGACAGCAUUUCAUCAGUGGCUGGGUCCUCACUCCUCUAGGAAGGGGCUUCCUUUCCAGGCACACUGUGUCCGGCAUGGGCUGGCCAUUCUUGUACCAUCGUCUUCCACACUGUGGCCCUCCUCAGGCCUGAGUUUUGGGGACUGAGCCCCUUGUUGAGAAAAAAGGAGCUGCCUAAAAUGAGGAAGGCAGCUGGGAGGCUGAGGUAGGAGGAGGUCAGGAGUCCAUUCUGGGACUUGUUGAGUUUGUAGUGAUCAUUAGAUAUCAGAGAAGAACUGUGGAGAGGAGGGGAGAGCCCUUCCACCUGCCCAGCAGUGCCCCUCCCGGGAAAGGCAUUCUCUGGUGCUGAGUGCCUCCACUGAUGGGGACUCAGCACUUCUAGAGAUGGCUCACGUGUUCUCAGAUGGGGCCAAGUCCUUCUGUGAAGCCAAAAAUCUUUCAUGGAGGAUUUGCUUCUUUUGAGGAAAAGGGGAGGAGGGGCUGUGCAGAGCUGCAGGGGCCGCCACGGUCGUGCAGAGAUCUGGUCUUCAGGAGCCUUUCUCCUCCCCACUCCUCUGAGCACAGUCUCAGCCUUGCAGUCCUUUCUGAUCACUCUCUGCAGAGUCUGGCUGAGACCCUAACCAGAGUCCUGUGUCCUAGCCUUGAGGCCAGCGCCUCUCAGACCUGGGCAAGGAUUUAUUUGGUCCCAUGAGAACAAGUUUGAGAUACGCUAAGCUCCGGGGUUGGUGGCUAAGUGUGGGAGGGGGUUCAAGAAAGGAGGGCUGGGGGAGCAGGGGAGGUUGAGGAAGAGGGCGGGAAUGAACUGCUCCCUCAGUUUUCUCAGCUGUUCGAUGGGAACACCACCACCUGCUGUGGCAGGCAGAGAAGUAUCUGGAGCAAGACUGCUGGGGGUGGCAUCUGUCCCAGCUUGGUGACUUAGACAAGUUAAUCGAGCCUCAGUUUCCUCACCUGCAACAUGGGAAUAACGUCCUCGCUCAGAUUAAAUGAACUGAUGUGUGUGAAGCACUCAGGGCCGGACUUGGCUUGUGUUGAGAAUCCCAUACGGGAGCAGGCAGACAGGAGCUGCUGUGGUUGCUCAGUCUUUUCCUAGCACCCUCCCCCCAGUAUCUUUUUCCCUCUGUGUCCCUGUGGCCCUGCAGGUGUGGGGGGCCACCCCUUGAGGACAGCCCUGCCCACUCACACCCAGGUGGACCGGCCGGGCUGCAUAGCUGGAGUUACUCGGCUCAGCCCCCCCAGGGCUGGGAAGAGGGCAGGAGGGGCUGAGGCAGCUGCUGGGGACUCCUGGGUGGGCUGCCUGGGCCUGUUUCCUCGCCUUUGGUAAGGCCUGGCCCUGUGGGGGCAUGUCUCUCUCCCACCCCCAUGCACGGGAAGGGGCCAUAUUUGGGGCUAGGGCACACAGGAUCGCCCAGACUUUAAAGCUUAAGCCUUUUGGAGGCCACAUGCCACCCAAACAGAUUCAAGUCAACCUUGGAUCCUAAAACUGGCUAUGGGGAGGGGAAGUGUGGGGCCCUCCAAGAGACUCUAGGCUCUUGGGCUGAGCCUUGUGGUCCAUGACCCUGAGGAGUUCCUGCAGAUAACUGUAUUCCAAUGUUUUUGUUUUUGUUUGAGAUGGAGUUUUGCUCUGUUGCCCAGGCUGGAGUACAAUGGUGUGAUCUCGGCUCACCACAACCUCUGCCUCCUGGGUUCAAGCAAUUCUCUUGCCUCAGCCUCCCAAGUAGCUGGGAUUACAGGCAUGUGCCACCACACCCAGCUAAUUUUGUAUUUUUAGUAGAGACAGGGUUUCGCCAUGUUGGUCAGGGUGGUCUUGAACUCCCGACCUCAGGUGAUCCGCCUGCCUCAGCCUCCCAAAGUGUUGGGAUUACAGGCGUGAACCACCGUGCCUGGCCAAUGUUAUUAAUUCCCUUUGUAGCCCCACGUAUUUUUCUUUUAUGCAUUGAGGAAGUAUUUUUGAGAACAGGUCACAGGUUUUCCAGACUGCGAAAGGGGCCUAAGGCUGAAAGUGGUGAAGAGCUCUGGCCUCAUCCUCCAUCUCUCGCCCAUGCAGGGCCAAGUCCCAAGCAAAGAGGAGCCCCAGAUGCAGACCCAAGAGGAGACAGGCACUGGAAGGACCUCACCAGCCCCAGAUCACAGGGCCACCCCAAGUGGACAGAGGACAGUCCAUGGCGGCCUCCACUGAGCACCUGCGCCCUCCCCGCAGUGCCCAUCACUGAGUGCACAGCUCUGUUGAAGAUGCACUGGACACCAGAACACGCCCAGCCCCUCAACCAGUGGCCAGAGCAGCACCUGGACGUCUCCUCCACCACCCCGUCGCCGGCCCACAAGUUGGAGUUGCCCCCUGGGGGUCGCCAACGCUGCCACUACGCUUGGGCACACGACGACAUCUCAGCCCUCACUGCCUCCAACCUCCUAAAGCGCUAUGCAGAGAAGUACUCUGGGGUCUUGGAUUCUCCCUACGAGCGUCCGGCCCUGGGCGGGUACAGCGACACCUCCUUCCUCAACGGCGCCAAAGGGGAUCCCGAGCCCUGGCCAGGGCCGGAGCCACCCUACCCCUUGGCCUCACUCCACGAAGGCCUCCCAGGAACCAAGUCGGGCGGUAGCGGCGGUUCCGGGGCCCUGGGGGGCUCCCCAGUUUUAGCCGGGAACCUCCCUGAACCACUCUACGCCGGCAAUGCGUGCGGGGGCCCAUCGGCGGCGCCCGAGUACGCGGCCGGCUACGGCGGGGGGUACCUGGCGCCGGGUUACUGCGCGCAGACGGGCGCCGCGCUGCCCCCGCCGCCCCCGGCCGCGCUCCUGCAGCCCCCACCGCCUCCGGGGUACGGGCCCUCAGCGCCGCUGUACAACUAUCCCGCAGGGGGCUACGCAGCGCAGCCCGGCUAUGGCGCGCUCCCGCCGCCCCCAGGCCCACCCCCGGCCCCCUACCUGACCCCGGGCCUGCCCGCGCCCACGCCCCUGCCCGCGCCGGCACCGCCCACCGCCUAUGGCUUCCCCACGGCCGCGCCGGGUGCCGAAUCCGGGCUGUCGCUGAAGCGCAAGGCCGCCGACGAGGGGCCCGAGGGCCGCUACCGCAAGUACGCGUACGAGCCCGCCAAGGCCCCCGUGGCUGACGGAGCCUCCUACCCCGCCGCGGACAACGGCGAAUGUCGGGGCAACGGGUUCCGGGCCAAGCCGCCAGGAGCCGCGGAGGAGGCGUCGGGCAAGUACGGUGGCGGCGUCCCCCUCAAGGUCCUGGGCUCCCCCGUCUACGGCCCGCAACUGGAGCCCUUUGAAAAGUUCCCGGAGCGGGCCCCGGCUCCUCGUGGGGGGUUCGCCGUGCCGUCGGGGGAGCCUCCCAAAGGCGUGGACCCUGGGGCCCUGGAGCUGGUGACGAGCAAGAUGGUGGACUGCGGGCCCCCGGUGCAGUGGGCGGAUGUGGCGGGCCAGGGCGCGCUCAAGGCGGCGCUGGAGGAGGAGCUGGUGUGGCCCCUGCUCAGGCCGCCCGCCUACCCGGGCAGCCUGCGCCCGCCGCGGACCGUCCUGCUCUUUGGGCCGCGGGGCGCGGGCAAAGCGCUGCUGGGCCGCUGCCUCGCCACGCAGCUGGGCGCCACGCUGUUGCGCCUGCGCGGCGCGACCCUGGCUGCGCCGGGCGCCGCCGAGGGCGCGCGCCUCCUCCAGGCCGCCUUCGCGGCCGCGCGCUGCCGCCCACCCUCCGUACUCCUCAUCAGCGAGCUAGAGGCGCUGCUCCCCGCCCGGGACGACGGCGCGGCGGCAGGGGGCGCGCUGCAGGUGCCGCUCCUGGCCUGCCUGGACGGGGGCUGCGGCGCGGGGGCUGACGGCGUGCUGGUUGUGGGCACCACCUCGCGGCCCGCGGCUCUGGACGAGGCGACCCGCCGGCGCUUCUCUCUCCGCUUCUACGUGGCGCUGCCCGACAGCCCGGCCCGCGGGCAGAUCCUGCAGCGGGCGCUGGCCCAGCAGGGCUGCGCGCUCAGUGAGCGGGAACUGGCGGCGCUGGUGCAGGGCACGCAGGGCUUCUCUGGGGGCGAGCUGGGGCAGCUGUGCCAGCAGGCGGCGGCCGGGGCGGGCCUCCCGGGGCUGCAGCGCCCCCUCUCCUACAAGGACCUGGAGGCGGCGCUGGCCAAGGUGGGCCCUAGGGCCUCUGCCAAGGAACUGGACUCGUUCGUGGAGUGGGACAAAAUGUACGGCUCCGGACACUGACGGCGCGCGGGGGAGGCCGCGGGAGCCGCAGUCCCUCCGUCCCCGCCGCCUCCGCGUGGGAGGGAUGUCACUGACUAAACCCGGCUGGCAGGGGCUGGAGUGGUGAAUGUGGGAUCGGGGACAGGAGGGGUCUGCCGGUGGAUUUUUUUUUUUUUCGUGGGAAGGAAAAUGCUUCUGCCAGGCAGAUGCCAUAUGCGCCGUGUACUCAGGUUUUUCCUAUUUAUUGUGGACUGGAAGCUCGCCAUCUCCGCCCGGCCGACCGGGCAGAUCCGGCAUGGGCUGGCACCCGGGGCCUUAGGAACUCCUGCUCUCUUGCCACAACGCUUUUGUCUCCUCGCUAUCUGAAUGGCACCCUCCUUCUCCCUCACUCUCUCCAUCCCAUUCUCUGCAUUCUCUUGGUUUUCUCUCCCUUUUGCUUUGUCGCUGACACCCCUGCCCACCCCAUGCUGGCCCUGUUUCUCUCCUGCCCCUCCCUCCCCAGCUCUCCAUCCCUCACCCUCUGUGCUUCUGUCUCCAUCCCUGGCUCUCCAGCGUCCCUGGCCUUUUGGUCCCUGAGCUUUAAUGCCUUUCCCUGCCUUCUGUUCUUAUUUGGACUGCAGUGGCCCUUUGCAGGAGCUCUGGAGGCCCAGGGGCUGAGGAGGAGGGUUACCCCUCUACCCAUCUGAAACCUAGGGUCUAGGGGGAUCAAGGAAAAAAAGUCCCCAAAGAAGGGGAAUUUGUUGUUUGUUUUUGAGGGGAGAUCCCAGAAAUGUAGCUUGUUUCAUAUUUUAGUCUUCUUAUUUUUGUAAAAUGUGUAGAAUUUGCUGUUUUUCUUUUUCUUUUGACAACUCAGGAAGAAACUGACCUCAGAAAGAAUGUUAGACUUUGGCUGCUCUCCUGUGUGCCCCUCACACCUGCCCCCUCCCCCCCACUCCAUCCAGGGGACCAAAUUCUCCCAGACACUCAAAAAAUGAGACUUACGGGGAAGGGGAGAGGAAGACCCAGAGGCCUCAGUGAAACCCCAGCUAUUCCUGGUCAGAAGCAGAAUGUAUUCCUAAGGGCUCCCUCCCCAGGGCCGAGGCCUAGGCAUGAAUGUGGGGAGUGGGCUGUGGGGUUUGAGAGAAGGGAGGCCUUAUUCCUCUCCUGCUGCUCCCCACCCCCUGCCCCACCCAACCCCUCCGCUGAGUGUUUUCUGUGAAGGGCUAUCCAGAGUUAGGAUGCCCUUGCCCAAUUCCUUCCUGAGACCCAGAAAGUAGGGUGGGAGGGCCUAAAUGGGAAGGUGACCUAAGCAGAAAGUCUCCAGAGAGGUCAUGUCCCCUGGCCCUGCCUUGGCAGAGGUCCCCAGUGACUUAUGCUAGGAGGAUUCCAUCUGGGUAGACAGUCUGGCCACAAAAUCAGCUACUGGACCUCAGCCAUCUCUGCUGGAGGCUCUGAGGAGGAGUGAGCAUCCCUCACUUGGGGGGCUCUGUGAGGAAAUGUGCCUUCGCCAUUCCCCCGGAGUCCUAGGUCUGGAGCUCCAGGGCUGGGAGAGGGUGAGGGAGAUGGGCAGGGGCGUUUUCUCUGACCUUGGGGGCUUAGUCUCAGUCCUGCCUGAACUUUCCACUAGGCUUGGAACCCUUCCAAGAACCAUAUUUCUCUCCUUCCCACCAAUUUUCCCUUGAUGAGGCUUUAGCAGUUUGCUCCCACCACCCCCAGCCCAUAUCACAACUCUGAUCUUAGUCCAAAGCAGGGGACACGCCCCCCCACCACCACUUUUUCUCUCUCCCACCUCAGCCUCCUGUGCAGUUCCUUGCCUGCCCGUGCAUUUCUUAGAGUCUACUGCCUCCCCUCUGGCUGGAAGGGUGUCUGUGGGGGACCUUUCAGGGGCCCUGGCACCCAGGGCCUGUGCUGGCCUAGAAGUGCUGACCAGAAGGCUGCUCUGUUCCCCUCCCCCCCACCCCCGUUGCUUUCUGGCCCCCUCUUUGGAGCCAGCCUCCCACAGGGCUUUGGUGCCUCAGAAGCAGUGGGCUGCCGGGUCACAGCCGCAGGCUGCAAAAGACCCUCGGAGGGAGCAUGGAGUGAGGGGUUCUCUCUCAGGUGUGUAUGUAUUGGGGGGUGGGGGGGUGGAGGGUGUCAGGGAAGUUGGGGUGGGAUCCCAGCCUUCCCUUCAAGAGGCAGGGAGCUCUGGGAGGUGGAGUCCCCACCGCUUUCUCUACUAGGCUCCUCCUGUUCCCCAGGCUUGGGGAGCUUUGCACAAGGAGACUGCCCCCAGCCUAGUGGCACCUACCUCAUGGGCUCUGGGGCAGGUAGGGGAAGGGCCAGUCCAGCUCUGGUAAUGUUGGGGGGAGGCAUACCAAAGAAUCCAGGGGCAGGGAGUGGGGAGGGUGACUUCCGAGCUGGCCUCUCCCCUUCCUCUACCCAGACUGGGGCUGGGAUCCUCUCCUCCCGCUGUAACCAUUUCUACCUCAUUUUGCUGCGUGUUGUACAUGGACGUAUUUAUCUCCUGUCUGACGAUGCUCUGCAGUUGUGGUCUGUCUACCUCAGAAGAGACUGUAUUUUAAAAGAAAGUAUUACACAGUAUUAAAGCGAUGACAUGUG